AUAAGCAGUUGAAAAAAAGAAAAGAAAAUGUGAACCACAAAAUAUAAAAUGAUUUUUAAGCCUCAAGAUUUCUAUAUAUUCACAAAACACACAAAAACCUCUAGCCAUUCUUCAUCCAUACCUCCAACUCUCUCUCUCUCUCUCUCUCUCUCUCACACACACAAAUACUCUCUCACUAAAAUGCUACUCUCAUUUCACUAACCCCAUAAUUACAAAAUGGGCAAAGCAUACAAAUUCUUCAAAUCACUACUAGGCUUCAAAACCAACUCACCACCAUCUCGUAAAUCAGACUCUAACAAGCCAUUAAAACGACGGUGGAGCUUCGUAAAAUCACGUCAACCGAAUCCCCGUCCUUCGCGCCAUCGCAACACGUCGAGAUCAUUGGCUGUAAGCUCACUCCAUAAACAUUAUAAUAAUAAUAAUGAUGAUGAUAAUGAUAAUGAUAAUAAUUUAAACGAGAAUGACGAAUCAAACAAGCGCGCUAUUGCGCUUGCUGCUGCUACCGCUGCAGUGGUGGAUGCAGCGGUAGCAACUGCUCAGGCAGCGGCCGAGGUGGUGCGGAUGACUAGUAGAACCGGUGGGUAUGGUGUUCGUGAACAAAUGGCUGCGAUCAAAAUUCAGUCAUGUUUUCGGGCUUAUCUGGCACGUAGAGCACGAAGGGCUUUGAAAGCAUUGGUGAGGCUGCAGGCAGUGGUGAGAGGUCACAUUCUAAGGAAACAAACCGCCGAUAUGAUGCGUCGUUUGCAGGCUUUGAUACGGGCUCAGGCCCGUGCACGCGCACUCAGGUCCCAAAUCACUGAUCAUGCAACCACAAAGCCUCAUUUUCACCCUCACGGGCCGCCGACUCCUGAAAAGUUGGAACAUGUUCCACAUACGAGACACCAUCAUAGUUUGAUAUCAAAGAGGAACAACUCAAAAUCUUAUGCACGAGGUCAAGAAAGAACGAUUCACGACAACUCAACCGACCACGAACACGACAAAAUUGUUGAAGUUGAUACUGUGGAACCACAUGUAAUGUUUAAUUAUGGACGAAAGUUCCUUCUACCUGACCAGAUAAGUUUUGGGUAUAGUCAAAGUUUAACCACAUCAAGAGGGUCAACGUUUCAACCAACAAGCCCUUGUGCAUCUUGUGAGGUGACUUCCUUUGAUGACUCAGUAAGAGGUGGAGUAGUUACUCCUAUUAAAAGUGAUGGUUCGAGAAGCUGCUUUAGCGGCUACUCAGACCACCCAAACUACAUGGCUUACACUGAGUCUUCACGAGCUAAGGUCAGGUCUCUAAGUGCUCCUAGAUUGAGGACUCAACACGAGGUUUCUAGUGCAACAAAGAGGGAUUCGGGUUACAAAUAUCUGUCGGGUAUGCAACAAGUUCCAGCGAUGCGUGAAAGUUUCGCUAAGAAGGCUUAUCCUGGGUCGGGCCGGCUAGAUCGGCUAGGGAUGCCGGUCUUUGAUACGGUGGAUAGUGAGUUUUAUGAUGGUUAUUGGAAUUAAUAUGUGCACUUUAAAGUUUAUAUCGAACGAUGUCUUGUUUAGUUGUUUUAUAGUUUUAUGAUAACUAGAAUUAAGCA